AUGUCUGAUGUAAGAGAAAACCAAGAGGAAGUCCUGGCUGUUCUUGGCCAGGACUUCGGCAGUCUUCAUUCUAAGCUGGCCUUGGUCUAUUACAGCGAAUCGAACCAAGUACAGGUCUCACGCAUCCAGUUCCAGGGCCGUGUUGAUGACCCCGACUACCCAGAGACCAAUUCGGAGUUCCAAUUUGCAGCAAGUGCAGCGCCACGGGGACAGAAUACCAACUUGGUUGGAGGCAAAGCAGCUGAGCAAUAUGAUACAUGUAUCCCGCUCAAAACGAUGGUUGUGUGUCUCUCCAUCCCAAAGGCGUGGCACCGCAAGAAGGUUGUCUCAGGAAUGCACUCGGGACCUGAACUUCUUGAGGCCUUGCACACAGGCAAAAUCACAACGGAUAUGAUCCGAGAUGCCUUGACAACACAUUUCCAGCGACUGCGCAAGAUGGCGCUCCUUCAAGCCAACUCCCAACGCGUGCGUGUAAGCAUCGCGGUAUUGGCCCUCACGUACCCUAACUAUCUAUUCGAGCAUGAGUCGCAGCAUGACUCUGAUAGAUACAUGGAACUCUACUUGGAGCUCAUUCGGAUUGUCUGGGGGCCUGACAUCAAGGUUAGGGUCGUCAGCAAGGGACAAGCAGGCGCAUUGCAUCUAUGCCAGGCGUGGUUUGACACAAUUACCGGCACUGUCCGACAGCAGGUUGACUGCUAUUCCCUGAGAGUUUUCUCGUCCUUGAAGCAGAAGCAGACAUGA